CGGGUCCCUGCUCUCAGCUUUCCGAGAGGGGCGACACCAUGAAGGUUCUGAUCAUGCUGGCUGUGCUGCUGUGCCUGGAGGGAGCCUGGGCCAUCAAAUGCCACAGCUGCUUGGCCACCAAUGGCAACACCUGCCACAACGGAACAGUGUGUCCAGCCGGUGCCGCAUUCUGCAUUUCACAAGCAAUUACUCUGAAAAUGUCAGGCCAGGAGCAGACUGUGACAAGAAAGUUUUGCUCGGACUCCUGCCUAAACAUGGUUCCUGCCAAGUCCAGAGACCACAUCCUAGAAGGAGACGUGUCCUUCUACUGCUGCGGCACCGACCUGUGCAACGGGGCGGGGACCAGCACCCCGGGUCUGAUGCUGGCGGCCAGUGUCCUCACCGUCCUGCUGGGGGCCUGUCUGUGAAUCGGAGGCGCAAGGGGCCGCGUGGGGAGGGGCUCGGGUGCGCGGCUCUCGGGACCACCAGGUGCCUGCCUCCUCGGAGCACGAGGGCGGGGCUCCCGGAGCCCCCCGCUGCAGGCGCCCCUGCCUGCUCAGGCAAGUCUGCAAGGUCUACAGAUGCGCCGCUCCACCCGGAUCCCCUGGGAAUUGCCUGUGUUCUUGGGGUCCCCGCCCCAGCCUCUUGAACCCUUAAGUGUCCAGAUCUGCAACCCCGUCUCAGAGGCUGCUCCGUCUGCGUUUCCUUUCCUCAGGCAGCCCUUAGCGCAGGACGGAGAGGAGCAGGAGUAGAGAGCACAGACACCAGCCCCAAGGGCUCAGGCUGGGCUGGGGGCGGCUUCUGCUCCUUCCCCAUGGUGCUCCCCUCACCCCUGCCCUGCUUCCCCAGGGGCGUUUCUUUAAUAAACCAGCUGCCUGUGAGUGCUUGUCUCAAAACCAAAUCGACAUCGCAUGCCCUGCGGUGUCCUGCACAUCUGCAGCCCUGGCGUCCCCUCCCUCCUGGGAUUUCAGGGUCUGUCUGGGGGAUCAGCUCCUGCCCCCUGGCCGAACCAUUAAACAGAAU